AUGAACUUCCCUUCACCUAUAAUGGUGAAGCUAAUGCUACAAUGUUUAGAAACAUCAGAGAUUCCUGGACUGCAAGCAGGAUGGUAUACAUACUGUGACCUUGCUGAUACUCCUGGAGACAUCAGUGAACACAAGAUUGUUCAACAGUUCUGGAUGAACUGCAAGCCUUACAUUAAGGUGUCCCUAGUUGACGAGGACUAUGAAUCAAACUCUAUUAGUCUCAUGACCAUUGAGAAGAAGGCAUUAUGCACUGAGUGUGCUUUCUUGGAGAACUUGCAGAACCCAAAUAUACUCCUAGCCCUGAACCCAACGGUGGCUGCCAGUAUUCCUGCUAAGGCUGGUAGUAGACAUACACAUGGACCAGCCCAAUCAAACUCAUCUAGGAUGUUGAGGGAUGUCUAUAAGAAGAGUGCCAACAUCAUUAAAUGGCUAAGGAAUAACAAUCAGUGCUUUGAAUUUGAAUGCAGCAUCUACGUCAGCACUGUUGGAGUCUCAGAUGCCGCUAUCUGUCAUGCUGCCAUCGAAGAGGGAAUACACAAUUACAAUUCCUACAUUGUCUACUUCAACCAACUGAAGGACAAAAUGUUUGAUGCAGUUGCGUGGUUGACAGAUUUGAAACUGCAAAACUAUGAAGACCUUGUCAUUAAGGGCUCCACUUUCAAGCUAACAUGGUGUGGUAAAGUUGCCAAGUCAAAACUUCCAGUAGCAGUCCAAGUCUUACAAGGCCUAGGUAUAGAAACCUUGAAUAACACACACUUAGAGUGGUUAAGACACGUCCAAGAUGAAAAGCAAAAGAUCAAUUGCACAAAUCAAAGACUAGCUAAGGUGACUCCUACAAUGGUAGCAGGUGCUGCGGCCAUGGGAAUACAUGUAAUAAUGCCUGCUGUUCAUUCAGUAAUGGACAUGGGAGGAUUCGGUACUGGCGGGAUGGAACAGUCGGCCAAAUUGCGUGAUGACCGAAUGGCGGGUAAGGGACGAUGCAGACAAUCCUGGCUAACUUCUGCUGCAACAAUGGAAAAGUCGGAUGAGUUGAGGCUCUGCAAGGAAGUGAUGGGUGGAUGUGAUGUGGCUUCUAGGAGGCUUGACCUCUAUAGCAAAAAGAGGUUCUGUGAGGCCAGCCCAAGUGUGAACACCACAGCACCUUGGAAAGGCUCAAAGAUGAGUGCCCCAAACUUCUGA